AAAGCGUCCAAUCGGUUUUCUAUUUUAUUGCGGUGUGACCACUCGUGAGUGGUGAGAUAUGGCCCUGGUGUUGAGGAGCACAAUAACUGUUCCAUUGUUAUACAGUCACGGGUUUCUUCAUGCCCAAUCCCCGCAAGUCCCAAGAUUCUGCAAGUUGAACAGUGACGUCACUUUCACCAUGAGUUGGUUCGGAUCCGGGUCACGGAGUUCCAUUCGGGUACCAUCAGCAAGAGCACGGGGACAGGAGAUGAUAUUGGAGAAGCAGGAGAAGAAGGAGGAGGAAGAAGAAGGGACUCUGCAACUGCAGAUGGGAAUCGCCGAGUUCUACGACGAGUCGUCUGGGUUAUGGGAGGAUAUUUGGGGCGACCAUAUGCAUCACGGGUUUUAUGACCCGGAUUCGACCGUUUCUGUUUCGGAUCAUCGCGCUGCUCAGAUCCGAAUGAUCGAACAGUCCCUUCGAUUUGCUGGUGUCUCUGAGGACCCAACAAAAUGGCCUAAGAAUAUAGUUGAUGUUGGGUGUGGCAUAGGUGGCAGCUCAAGAUACCUGGCCAAGAAAUUUGGGGCUAGGAGCUUAGGCAUCACUUUGAGUCCUGUUCAAGCUGAAAGAGCAAAUGCUCUUGCUGCUGCUCAAGGAUUAGCUGACAAGGUUUCCUUUCAGGUUGCUGAUGCUCUAGAGCAACCAUUCCCUGAUGGGCAAUUUGAUCUGAUGUGGUCCAUGGAGAGUGGAGAGCAUAUGCCUGACAAAGCAAAGUUUGUUGGAGAGUUAGCUCGGGUAGCAGCACCAGGUGGCAUCAUAAUAAUAGUAACAUGGUGCCACAGAGAUCUUGGCCCUGCUGAAGAAUCCCUAGAACCAUGGGAGGAGGAUCUCCUGAAGAAGAUAUGUGAUGCAUAUUACCUUCCAGCUUGGUGCUCAACUGCUGAUUAUGUCAGAUUGCUCGAGUCCCUGUCACUUCAGGACAUCAAGUCAGCAGACUGGUCUCCCUUUGUUGCUCCAUUUUGGCCAGCAGUGAUACGCUCAGCAUUGACGUGGAAGGGUCUCACUUCACUCUUGCGCAGUGGACUAAAAACCAUAAAAGGAGCUUUGGCUAUGCCAUUGAUGAUAGAAGGAUUCAGGAAGGGUGUAAUUAAAUUUGCCAUCAUUACAUGUCGAAAGCCUGAAAAAGUAGAGGCAGAAUAAUUUUUAUUACAUGAAACAGGCCAUUUAUUUUUGAUAUUUCAGAAAUAAGAAAUCAAAGGUGGUGGGAAAUGGGAAUUGCUGA